CAAAGCGCUUCGGAAGUUAUUCGCGUUAUUUUGUUAGUGUUUAGAACAAGUUGUGUCUUCUACUAAUUAAAGAUCCCUUCACUAUCGUGAAAACAUUGUCAGGAUGUCCGUUACGCGCGUCAUCUUAACUCCCAGAUAAACAAAAGCUUGCUUUUAAUCACGUUCAUUUUGAUAAUUCAAUUUUUAAAAUGAACCGGCAAGUCGCAACGUGGUCGUAGGUGACAUGAACUUUCUCUUUUCAGAAACUUUGAAAGUGUCGGGAGUUCCUGAACAUCUCGGCUUUGUGGCACCUACCUGCCCAAAAAAUGGCUUGUGGACAGGGAUGUAUGCGACCAAACCCGGAUUUUCUUUUUCAUCCUAUACGCACGGUAAACGUUACGGCUGGAGGCGAAUCUGUCUGUGCUGAAUCCGUGAACCUGGUCGCAGCGUCGUCGAGGUUUGGAUUGAUCUUUGCAGCAUUUGAUCAGGGUGUGAAGAUCUGCACCAUUGAAGAUAUCCUAAACUGUGAUGCGGAGGAGGGGCCAGGCAGCAAGGGACCAGCUGACAAUUGCCCCUUUCGUGUACUGCCAACGACAGGGCCUGUCCUUUUGGUGGCACUUAGUGCAGAUGACACUACGCUGGCGGUUGGAUUGUUGCGGGAUGGCAUACCUGUUGCCGACAUGUAUGAUGUUCGAGGCUUUUCAGGCCAGGCACUAGAGACACGACCUAUCGCAACGGUACGGCUCAGUGCACAGCCAGGCGUGACUCUGCAGGACUUUGCAUGGAAUCCAGCGGUGUGCGAAAUGUUUGCUGUCUGCCUCGGCAGUGGCUCAGUGUCCAUCUAUGAGCUUUCUGGAGAAUCUCUCAAAAUUCUCGGCACACUUCCACCCUCUGCAGGAGGCACCGCUUUGUGUUGGAGCCCCAAAGGAAAGCAGCUUGUGGUGGGCAAGAAGGAUGGCAGCCUGACCCAGUAUAAGCCGAACAUGCAAGAGGCCAAAAACAUUCCACCCCCUAUGGUCUCUGAGAACAGCGUCUUGGUUCUAAGUGUGUGUUGGUUGGCCCCGACUGUCUUUGCUGUUGUUUAUGGUCCAGCAACCCGCACAACAGAUUCCCAGGCAAACCUUGUGAUUGUCGCAUUCACGAAAACAUCUCCAGUUGUCUACACUGAUUUUGGAGAACCAUGCCUGCAGACGGGGGAGCACCCAAAGGAACGUUUUUGGCUUUACCAUCAGCCAGAUUGGGGCAUCCUCAUGUGCAUGUCCAGAAACUCUAUUGAAUCUGCAGUUUUUGGCUGCAAAUCUGCUGACAAGAUGCAGUGGGAGCUCUGGGAGCUCGACAGCCACGGGAGAGCUGAGGUGCCUUUGAAGAAUAAAGAUGAGACAUUUCCACUGGGAAUGGCAGUCUCGUACAACGCCCAGCGCAACAUCAUUAGCAAGACAGAGUCGUGGGCUCCAAUGCCUAUUCUCCUGGUGCUGUCAACUUGCGGAGGCCUCUCCCCAUUCCACAUGAAGAACUUGGCUACGGGAGCACCCUCUCUUGUGCGGCCCCCCGAGCCUCUACUUCCAAAUGGCCAGCGCAGGCCCAUGGCCAACCCUCCGCAGCCACCAAUGCAACAGACACCGCAACUGGUGUCGCCGACUACAUCAACUGGCUUCUUGCCUGUUGGUCACGCUGCUGCCUCUCCAGCAGCAGCUUCAGCUGCUCCUGGCAGUCGUAUCAGGAAACCAUCAGUGGGAUCUAGUGCUGCUCCUCAGCUUCCAACCACAGGAGCUGCAGGAUUUCCUCCUUUCACCAGCCAGCCUUUCUCCACUAGUACUUCAUUUGUGCCUGUAUCCACAUCUUCUGUGGCAGCUGCUGCUUCCUCUGGCAGCACUGUUGCACCUCCGUCACUGUUCUCAUCAGUAAAAGCCUCAUCUGCGACAACAGCUUUUUCGUUUGGCUCUACUGGUGGUAGCGUCUUUUCAUUUGGUGCCAGUGGAGGUGGGAAUGCUUUCUCCUUUGCUCCAGCUACUGUACCCACAGUGUCAAAGUCGACGCCAUCUUUGGCUACAUCCACAACUCCAAGUCAAGGACUGUUUUCCGUGCCUCUGCCCAUGUUUUCAAGUGCAACGACGGCUGCUGCACCACCAGCCUUGGCCUCCAUGCCUUCAGCAGUUCCUCCACCCUUUAGUGUUCCUACUACAUCCAGCUCAUCAGGCUUCCUUUUCAAGCCGGCACCCAAAGCCGAUACAGAAGCUAAGGGCUCCCCAGUGUCCCCUGCUCCAGUGCCAAUACCAGAUCAACCUGUGUCAACAGUCACACAGACAACUUCAGCACAGGAAGCAAAAGCUUCUUCAUUGCAACUGAAGACUUCUGCUCCUACGGCAGUAGCAGUUGCAGAAAAGCCUUACAAAUUGGAGCCAUCUAAGGAUGCUAUCAUUGCAGCUAUGCAUGAUGAGAUAAAAGAGUUUGGAAAGGAAGUAAAGGCUUUGAAAGAAAAAUCACUGAGCAUAGUCAUUGAGUCUGCCGGCAGUGAUUCCGGCUUGAUGGAGAUGAAGAAGCUAGGCAUUGACUUGGAGAACACUGCUGAGUGUUUGAAGAGUGACAUGGAGAAGACUCAUGCAGAUGUGCAUGCCCUACGGAGCCUGGUGUUUGAGACCUUUGCACUGUUGGAAGAGGCUCGUACAAGGUACUUGCGAAACUGUGAUCCCCAGUUUGCAGGACUUCUUAGUGAUCGAGGCCUGGACCCUGUCUCAGCCAGCCGAUUGUCGGAGGCUCGGCGCCUGCAGCACUAUGUUGAAGAACAGCUGCAGGAAGUACAUGCACGCCUCGAUCUAGAUUGGAAGGAGCAGGUUGCCCAGCGCUACAACAUUAAGGAUACAGCGGAGCUUUCAUCAGCUGAGGCUAUCUAUCGAGCCUUGCGUGACUGCCGCAACACUGCUGAACUGCUCUGCAAAACUGUGAACUCAUUGGAAGCACGAGCAAAAAAGUUGCGAGUGGAUAGCAAGCAGAGCAAGUCGUCACCAAGGCCUUAUUGGAAUGACGCCAGCGACAUGGCCAGGGAAGAAGAAAUAGCUGCAUUGGCAGACUGCCUUUUGUCAACCAGCCUUUCACUAGCUUCUGGCAAGGCUGAUGGGACAAAACACACUAAGCCACGCAGGGUUGCCCUCAGUGCUGAGAAGAAGUGUUCUCUGGCCGAUUAUUUUGGUCACAGAGAGGUGACGGUGAUUGAGCCUCGAGUGAUUGACAAGCAGUCAGAGUCAAGGUUGCUUUCCAAGUUAGCAUUGGUUCUGGAACAGUCUUUUGCAAAGGAUCAAGCACACGAAGAGCAGGCAAAUCAGCAGGCAGCCCAGCCUUCCGUAGCAAAGCCAGCUGACGGUCAGCAGCACGGGUCAGUCUUGACAUCAACUCCUCCCAGGUCAACCUUGCCAUCAGACACUAAGGAUGGCAUCUUGACACCAAAACCGUUUGUGUCGUCUGAAGGGGGUGCACAGUCAUUUCUUACGUCAACACCUCUCGCGCGCACUGAAGCAGCAGCAUCAAGCAGUGGUUCAUCUGGUGUUCCAUUGGCACGGUCCGUGCCCUCAGACUCAACUUGUCCUCAAUUGCCUCUGACAAAGGUGAUCGAGGUUUCAGUACAAGGCAGCAACAGUGGUCCAGACCACAAGGGCUCAGCAGCACUUCCCACCAUGCUUCCUAGUGAGCUCACUAUUAGCCCGCUGACCAUGGCACCACCAGAAAUAUCAUCUGCAGCUGUCACGAAUGUGGUGACAAAGCCACUUCCAACCCGCUCAGAUGCCAUUGUCACCACCAAGGAGACUGUUUCACCAUCUCCUUUCACACCACCUAUCACGCAGCAUGAAUUCAAGUUUAAGCUUGCCGGGCAAGGUUCAUCAAGUGCAACAACACUUGCUUCAGCAUUCUCUUUUAGGCCUACUAGCACCAUACCUGUCAGCUCCGGUGCUCUGGCCCAGGCUCCCACCUUUCCCAAGCCCAGUGUGACAGCAUCAGCAGCAUCAACUGGCUUCAAGUUUGGUGACCCAUCUGCAUCCAAGCCUGGUUUUGUGGCUGUCAAGCCAUCUAUGGGGCCGUCUUUCAUGCCUCGUUCGCAGGCAUCUGCACUGCAGUCUGGAGCUGUCAAUGAGAGGAAGGCAGAUACUUCAAGUGUCGCAAAAGGAGAUGCAGAGCCACUUUAUGAAGAUGUGACACCUCCAGGGUCCCCAACACCAGAACAAGAAAACGAAGGAGCUGUUUCUACCGCAAAAGGCAUUCCCAUCUCCACUGCAGUUUUUUCUUGCCGUAUCAGCAAACGCAGUCACAAAAAGUUCGGUAAGGGCAUUAAGUUUGUUUCCCCAUUCCCAGCUGCAGUGCCAGCAACUGUGCCAGCAACUGUGCCAGCAACUGUGCCAGCAACUGCGCCAGCAACUGCGCCAGCAACUGCGCCAGCAACUGCGCCAGCAACUGUGCCAGCGCCAGCACAAGUCUUUCCCUUCUUGAAAAGCACAACUGCAGCGCCCCCUUUCUCGGGCUUUGGUGCAGCCAGCUCUGGACCCCUUUUCAAGCAAGGCUUUGACCAGCAGAGCACAACACCCGGGAAGUCACUGUUUGGCAAUGCCAGUGUGUCAUCAGUGUCAUCUGCUGCAGCAACCUUCAACUUUACCCUGUCAUCUACUAAGGACAAGCCUGCCAGUACACCUCCAACUGGCAGUGUCUUUGCGCCCCUUCAAGCCAAAGCUCCUGGCUCUGAGGACAUGCGUUCCUCACCUGGUUCCACACUACCUUCUAAAGACAAUUCCCUCAAGGAUGCUGGAAAGCCUCAACUGUCAUUUCUUUCACUUGCACCAUCUAUCCUGAAGCAGUCAGCAGCCAGCAGCGCUGCAGUCUCUGGAACACAGGUGACUGUCUCCACGUCGCCAUUCCAGCCAGUCUCGUCUGCAGCAAGUCAGCCAGACAGUCUCAACCUGACAGCUGCUGCUACUUUUCCUGCUCAUGCGCCAGAAGUGAGUGUAAUACAAUCACCAUCAAGACCUGAGCAGCCCUCUACGGAAAACAAACAGGCUCACCCACUUCUUCCAAAGGUAGCCUCCAGUGAAUCGAGUCAGACGCAUGCUGUUUCCACGAUGGCUGCUGCUUCUUUACCAGAAUCACCAAGCAUUGCAUCUACUCCUCCACUUGUGUCCCCUUCCAGCCAGACAUCAACACUGCCAGGCACAGUGCCAAGUAUGCACGCUGCUGCUGCAGCAGCUCAGGUUGUUUCUACAACAUCAAGCCCACCGCAAUCCCCACCUGUACCUACUGAGCCAGGAGCAGCAGCACCUAGUACUGUAGCUGUGUUUGGCCAAGGGUCUUCAUCAGUGCUCACAGUGGCACCUAUGGCAAAAACAACUGGCACCACGUUUUUUGUCCAACCAGCAAUGUCUACAGCUCCAACAUCAUUCAUAAGUCCAGUUUUCAGCCAGGCCUCUACAACUUCGAGCCAGUCUGCCUUGCCGGGAACAACUGCAAUUACCGCUCCUACAUUUGGUCAAGCUCCCACAACAACCACAGCAUCUUCACCUGCCCCUGCACCUGCCCCUGCACCACAUGCCUUCAGCAUGCCACAGGUGGCAGCGGCAUCAUCGACUGCUCCGCUGUCUUUUGGUGCACAGCAAACAGCUGCCACCACCACAUCAGUGCCGUUAACAUUUGGCCAGGCAGCUGCAACCACAACAACAGCAGUGUCAGCACCAUCAUUGUUUGGACAGUCAACCGGUAGUGCUCCUGGUGGUGCUGGUGGUGGUACAAAUGUGUCAAGUGGGGCAAAUGUGUCAAUAUUUGGUGCCACAACAACGUCAGCUACAUCUGCAACUAGUACACCUUCCAUUUUUGGUGGAACAACAUUCACCUCAUCUACAACGACAGCUGCUACUGCACCGUUCUGGAAGCCAGUGGCAUCAUCUGCUCCCAUGUUUCCACAGUCUGCCGCUACAGGACAAUCAGUCUUUGGGCAGGCACCGACAACAGCAACCUCUCCGUUUAGCCAGCAAGUGGGAGCAGCACCAACGUUUGGCCAAACAGGUGGAUUUGGCUUCGGCCAGACAGGAGCAGCAUCAACUGCUGCAAGCACUUCUCCAUUUGGCCAAAUGGUUCCAACAACUGCUGCUGGAGGCACAGGCACCUCUUUGUUUGGGCAGAAGUCUUCCUUCGGCUCAGGUUCUGGACAGACACCAUCCCUCUUUGGUCAGAGCCUCUUUGGCCAGUCCAGCACUCCCACAUUUGGCCAGCCACAGGCUGCGAGUGCCUUUGGCCAGCAGUCGCAAGAACAACAGCAGGGAAGUGGAUCCACUCUCUUUGGUGGAGGUGGCUCCGGUUUUCUCUCGGGCCUUGGAGGAAAGCCAGCCUCAGAUGCAUCCAACAAGAACGUGUUUGGUGGCUCAUCAUCCUUCAAUUCGGCUGCGCAGACCACAAACCUCUUUGGCAACCAGGGAGCAACCUCUUUUAAGUCCGCCUUUGGAAGCACAAUGGGCAGUGGCACCUUCUCUGGAAGUGGCAGUUUUAGCAUGGGUGGUGGCAGUGUGGCACAGUCUGGCUUUGGAGCCUUCCAGCAACAGCAGCAACAACAACAGCAGCAGCAGCAACAGCAGACACCCCCCAAGCCAGCCUUUGGAAGCCCAGCGGCAUUUGGGAGCAGCCCCACUUUUGGUGGACCUCCGCAAUUUGGUGGGUCACCUACGUUUGGCAGCAGCCCAUCAUUUGGUGCUGCAGCCACAUUUGGCACUGCAGCUCCCCAGCAGACGCCUCAGACACAGCAGUCAGGUUUCAUGAUGUUCAGCAAUGUGGAAGGCCCAACUUUCGGAGGCUUAGCUGCACAGACCAGCCCUCAGCAACCAGCAAUGGGCUUUGGAGGAGGGGGUUUUGGCUCCCCAGGCUUUGGAGGUUCUUCUCCUGGCUUUGGAAAUCAGAGCGGCCAACCAAGUGCGGCACCAGCUUUCUCUCAGUGGCGCAACUGAACUUUACCAGAGAUUCUCUGUUUUUAUGUUACGUGCAUGGAACAUUGCUGCGGCGUCCUGCUGUCAAAUGCUUACAGCAAGUUUCGCUCGUCUCUGUGCAAUAGCACGGAAAGUGGUGCUCUGUGCAACAUCUAUUCUGAACACAUAGUCUUCACAGUUAUAUUCAUUUUGGACGAGAGAAAAGUCUGAACUGUGAUGUACCGGUACUACCGUUUUAAAUGAUGAUAUAAUAAAGAAGCUGGUUCAA